AUGGCGAAUCCGGGGAAUUCCUUCAGCCAGCUGGUGGAGACCUGCUCCAGCGGGGGUGGUGAGGCGCUGCCCAACCCGCUGAGUGGGCAUCCGAGAUACGAGAAGGUGGGCGACCUCGGCAAGGGCUCCCAAGGCUUCGUGCUGCUGUGCUCGGACAAGUUCACGGGCGAGCGCGUGGCGAUCAAGUUCCUGCGCAGGGGCCUGGCGUCCAGCGAAAAGAUUCGGAGAGAGCUGCUGAACAUGAGGCCCUUCUGGCACGCGCACGUCAUCCAGUUCUACGAGGUGUUCUUGACGGACCUGUACGUGUGCAUAGUGAUGGAGUACGCCCCCGGGGGCAGCCUGUCGCACUACCUGGCGAAGAACGUGCUCACGGAGGACGUGGCGCGUUUCUUCUUCCAGCAGCUCAUCUUCGCAGUGCGAUACUGCCAUCACAUGAAAGUGGCCAACAGAGACAUCAAACUUGAAAACACGCUAUUGGAUGCUGACAGGAAACUUCUGAAGCUGUGCGAUUUUGGACUGUCUAAGGACAACAACGAUUCGAUGUGCAAGACACGCGUUGGCACCCCCAACUACUUGGCGCCUGAGAUCAUAAACAUGCGGAAGGGGGGCACCUACGAUGGGAAGGCUUGCGAUGUCUGGGCCUGUGGGGUCAUGCUGUACGUCAUGCUGUUCCGAUCUUUCCCAUUUGAAAGACCAGAGGACAGGGGUCUCGACCCGAAGGUGGCCAUGCUGUCAUUGAUGGAGCGGAUCGUGAAGGGCGAUUGGAAUGUACCCAAGGAGUCAAACAUGUCUGCUGGCGCCCUUGAUUUGCUGGGCAGGAUCCUUGAGCCAGUUGCGGAGAAGAGAAUCACUGUGGAGGGCAUCAUCAACCAUCCGUGGUACCAGAUCCACCUGCCCCCUGGUGCGGACAAACCCAACUACCCGAAACGGCCCGAAGAGGGCCUGCAGACAGUGGAAAGCAUUGUCGAAAUCCUUAUGGAGGCGAACAACACUGAUGAAAUGAUGAUGGGCUGA